AUGCUCUCGUGCCUGGCUGUUUCGGCCAAACAUCUGUUCUUGCAGGAAACUGGAUGUGAGCCACGAACCCAAAACCAAAACGAACCAAGAAUUCCAAACGUGGUUGCCGUCCAGUUCUACCAAAGGGCAUUGAAAGCCUUCAGCGCUUUGUUGAUGCAAUCCGAAUGGGCUGGCAGUGACGAAAUCCUGGCAUCCAGCAUCAUGCUUUCCUGCUACGAGAUCAUCGACGUGGCCGGAGAUCACUUCGGGUCACAUCUACGUGGCGUCGCCUCUCUACUUCAGCUGUGGCAGGUCAAUGGAGAUUCUCCGGGCAUCGGAGGCAUAGUAUUUUGGACUUGGUUCCGAUCAGAUACAUGGGCAGCUCUACAUGCUAGACGACCUAUGUUUCUGGACGAGCGGUACUGGGAACCUCGACCGGUUGAUUGCUUCGACGGACUAUCUCAAGCGGAGAUCGCCAACCGCGCCAUGUACCUGCUCGGACAGUGUAUCAACUUCUAUAACCACGGCAAGGAAUCCCCAUCGCCAUCGGGAUUGAUAAACGAAGGUAUCGAAGGAUCCCUGGAGGCACGGCAGAGAAAGAUGGCCGAACUCCAAAGUGCCCUCGAGGGGUGGAGAAGAAUGCUCCCACCCUCUAUGACCCAUUUUGUGGCCGGGCGAGCAGUCCACGGCACCACGCAGGGCGAAGAAGGCCUAAGCCGGCAGGACCCAUGGUUGCAAGAGAUUUCAUCUGUAUUGUUCUUGUCGCCACACUGCGCCGUCGGCCUUCAGAUGUACCAUGCCUCUCAAAUCCUGCUCGGGCUCAACGGAGCGACUUGGCCGUCUGAGCCACGGGAGGCGCGAGGGUCAUAUGCCCAGCAGUCGCUUUCGACGCGACGGCUCAUUGACCGAUCGCGCAAACAAAUCCUCCUCAUCGCAAGUGGCGGACUUCCCGAGGCCUUCAGCUUCGUCUCGACCCAGUGUCUGUACAUUGCCGGAUGGGUGACAGAAGGAGUGUGUGAAAGGCGUCUCACUCUCCAUCUCAUCGAACAGUGCCAGAAACAAUCUGGGCGACGGACCGUGUUUAUUGCCGACGACCUCCGAGCAGCGUGGGCAAGAGAUGAAUAG